AUGGGUGAUUUCUCUCUUUCCAAGAUCAAUCCCAAGCUUUUGCGGCGAAUUUACCGGGCUUGUAGACCAACUUUAACCGAACCCAAUUUGGCCCUUAACUUGGAAAUCUGUGACUAUGUCAACGCUAAGCAAGGGUCGACACCUCGUGAGGCUGCAAUUGCCGUGGUGAAACUCAUCAACCAGAGAGACCCCCAAACUGCUGAAUUGGCCAUUGCUCUUUUGGAUCACUUGGUGAAGAAUUGUGGAUAUCCCUUCCAGCUUCAGAUCUCACGAAAGGAGUUCUUGAAUGAAUUAGUCAAAAAGUUCCCUGAAAGACCAACGUUGCGUUAUAGCCGUGUGCAACGGUUAAUCUUGGCCCAGAUUGAAGAAUGGUACCAGACGAUUUGUAAGACUUCCAAGUACAAGAGCGACUUCGGCUAUAUUAGAGAUAUGCAUCGUUUGUUGGCCAACAAAGGCUACGUGUUCCCUGAGGUGAACGUCGAUGAUGCUGCCGUCUUGAAUCCUUCUGAUACCUUAAAAACUUUGGAGGACAUCCAGAAGGAAGAGGCCAUUGUGCACAGUGCCAAGUUACAAGAAUUGAUUAGAAGGGGUAAGCCUCAGGACUUACAGGAAGCCAAUCGCUUGAUGAAGCUUAUGGCUGGCUUCAAGGAUAACUCAGAGGAGAACAAGAAGAAAGUAUCUGACGACGUUGCACGUUUGAAGAGAAAGACCGAGAUUUUUGCAGAAAUGCUUAAUUCUGUCGAGGCUUCAGGGUCUGGCAUCACCGAUGAUAAUGAGACAAUAUCGGACCUUUACGGUCAAAUUAAGUCUUCUCAUCCGAUCGUCACCAAAAUUGUUGAGGAGGAGCAUGACGACGAAUCGUACGUGCUGGAACUCUUGGCCCUCAAUGACUUCAUAAAUCAAUUGUUAGAAAAGUACUCUUUGUUGAAGACUGGCAAGGCAGAUCAGGCCGCCCAAAUCAAGGUCAGCGGUGGCGCUCAGGGUGCGGCAGCUGCUAAAGAGUUGAACUUGAUCGAUUUCGAUGAUGACGAGCCAAUAAGUGGCGACAGCACUGGUAAAGACCAGCAAGGUUACAAUGACUUGCUCAGUGAUUUGAGCAACUUAAACUUUGGUGGAGGUGAAGCGUCGUCUUCCACCGCAGGCGGUGUCAAUCCAUUAGACUUCUAUGGCGCCGGUGGCUCAAUAACACUCGGAGGUCCAUCUGGUGGCUCCCAGUCUAUUUCUCCAGCACCUCAACAACCUGUGCCUCAAGCACAACCCCAAGCUCAAGGCACCUCUUCGUCUGCGUUUGACUUUGACUUGCUUUCUGAUUUGAAGUCGCCAUCUCCUGAGCUCCAGAGCAACAAUAACAACACGUUUAAUUCCUUCAAAGCAUCGCAAGUGCAAACCUCAGGAAAGCAAAAUGCCAAAGUUAUUAUCGAGGCCGAUGGACUUAAAGUCGAGGCCGAAAGACACAACGACUCCACUCCUACAGUGUUCAAAGCACGUUUGUACAUCAGCAACACCCUGGACGUAACUAGAUCGGACUUGUUGCUUGCAUUGGCAGUACCUAAAGGCUGUAAAUUGGACCUAAAGCCACAGAGUGGAAACCUUAUCUACGGCCAUUCAAACAGACAUAUUUCACAAGAUGUGACUAUAGAGAAUCCAGCCAACAAAACCUUGAAGGUGAAGUGGAAACUUCUGUACACUGCUGCUUCCAGACCGCACGAACAAACUGGCGUAAGUGUAUUGACCGAAUGA